CCAGUUAUGUCCCUGCUCGGACACCGUAGUUAAUGCAUGGCCCGCAGAGAUCAUGCUGAAGGUGACAGGUAGUGCCAUGCCGGGAGCUCUCAACCUCAUGUCUUUCACUGUAUUUGCUGCCGGUGAGGACGAACCGAACGUCCCGCUGAACCGGGAGGACCUGUCUCUGUACACCAGCCCUCAGCAGAAGUUUCGGUACGUGGAGCCAGAAGCGGGUCAACUGGAGCAAAGUGUCGCCACCCUGAGGAAAGCGGCGGAGCCUUACGCACAGUGGUGUCAGGGCGCCUUCGGUAAAAUUAAACCCAAAGUUCAAAGAGUCAUCCAGUUUGGGAAUGACACCUACGCCUAUCUCAAAGACCCGCCCAAGGAUUUCUACCCCCGGGCAGGAGUGAUCGGCGCGGCCGGUGUCCUGGGACUGUUUCUCGGCAGAGGCUCCAGGAUUAAAAAGCUUAUCUACCCGGCGGGCCUGGUGACCGUCAGCGCCUCCAUGUACUACCCGGAGAGAGCCGCAGCUAUCGCCAAGUCCACCGGGGAGUCGGUGUAUGACUGGGCGCUGCAGAGCUACGUUAACAUCGACAAGAUCCUAAAGCCCGAGAAGAAAGCAGAGGAGAAAGCAGAGAGGAAAGCAGAGGAGAGCAGCGGCGCUCCAGGACAAGCAAAACCCUGAGCAGCUCUGCACCAACAGCCAUGCAACAUCAGCAGCCUUCUCCUGACUACUGUAGAUUCACAUUUGCUCAACUAAUCUGUGUGACAGCCUCCUGCCCAGAUUUUGCACUAGCUUCUACUCUAACUCAGGCCGGGCACUGCCUGUCACAAGUGGGGUUUAACUUGAAAUGACCUGCCUGUUGAAUGUAUAUUUAUCUUGAUUUAAAAAAAAAAGGCACUUGUUUUCUAUAUUAUCAGUGUUACAAGUGUAAUAAUAAUGACAAUAAUAAUAAUUGUAUGUCCCUGAUAUUUUGAAUGCUGUCACAAUCACAAUUGCAAACCAUAAAGAACUUGAAUCAACA